GAAUAGCUCAAAUUUUAGGUGCAUGAAGGAACGCUAGACUUCUCAAUUAUUUAGUUUGCUUCGCAAGCUUCAUAGUAAAUGCUCGGUUAAUAUAUACCAGAGAGGGCCAUAUAUCAUUUAUGAGUGAUGAAGAGCGUGUCUAGGUUUGCCCGUAAAGAGAAGAGGCCAUGUUGUCUGCUACGAGGGAGAGGGUAGCGCAGGCUUUGAUCACGGAUGUGUGAAUCUGCAUAAUUUCGUGUGCUUAUGAGACCGUCAUGCGGUGGGUGCAUUCGGCAGUUGUGGCGCUGCGUGAGCGUCUGUAAGCGCUGUUGUAUGAUAGUGAGCGAACGUGAGUCUGUAUGAGUAGAUCCACUAUUCGUACUUUUCUCUCUUGACGCAAUUGGUGCUUCUGCCGUCAUUGCUGCUGUCACUGCUGAUCGGAGGAAACAAGUACAGCAAAGCUACAGCUACUCAGCAAGCAGUCAGAGGACUCGUUCAUAUAUAUACACAGACAGAGCGCAAGUGUACCACAGUAGGGGAGCAAGAUAAUGCGAGCUUUAUACUUUUCCUUUUGACUAGUGGUAAUUCCAUGAUAGCCUUUUCUACUUGCCAGUGAUACUAGAAUUUGGUAUGUCUAACUAACUAUUCGUGCAUAUACGUUUUUCUGGCUGGCCGAAUCCGUUCUGGCUAUGGGUCACUCCGGACUCAGUCACCGCUAUCGCCCAAUCAUAGUAGAACUUCUCAUCAAACGCAGAGGGUUCUCAGCAGAGAGAGUCUGAGCUCUUGGCUGCGCUACAAAGGAAAAACCUUCCACCAAACCAGCUCAAAAAAGAGCACUCAUCUUGUUUCUUUGUUUUCUUUUCGAUGGAGACUGUCGUUGGCUUGCUCUGCCAAUCAGCUGUGCGAUCAGCUCUGGUACAAAUUAGGCCAACAUGAAACUAAGUCACAAUUAUGGCCAUCCCAACGUAACUGCGUUUCGCAUACCUCGGGAGAACAACGACUGUGUUGUGCGUCAUUGUGCUCGAUCGGGCUAUCGUUGUCAAUCUUUCCAUUGAUUUUUCGCUGUCUAGUGUUGUGCCGCUGCCAAUAAGUGCCGAUGUGAAUCACAUUCAUCUAGAUUUUGUAUAAGCAGUAUAAAUACUGGGGAGUUCUAAGAAAGAAAAAGGGUCCUAUAUGCCAGUGUCAGUCGUCGUGCGGCCGCUACAGCGACUGCUGCCGUUGCUGGCUGUGGCGGUUGAGUUGGCACCUGCGGCGUCCUGGUUAGGGCCUGACGGUAGGUUGGACUCGAUCAAAUAUGAUUGAAAUGGGUGAACAGCGGCAAGGCCGCAAGAGGACUAUGUUCCCGUCUGAGGGACCGACGGAAGGACGUCAGCAAAAUGGGGGACCACUUCUGGCAUUAGCCAAUGGCACGACGACGACGACGACAGUAACUGCCAAUGGAAGAACUUCUACUACAUCGUACGCACCACCUGAAGCUGGUCUUAUCAAUGAGAAGUUACCGAAGGAGUUGUUGCUCAAAAUUUUCUCCUUUCUUGAUAUCGUAUCACUGUGCAGAUGUGCGCAGGUUUCAAAGGAAUGGAAUGUCCUGGCUAUGGACGGAAGCAAUUGGCAAAAUAUCGACCUAUUUAGCUUUCAGCGGGACGUAACCUAUGACGUUGUCUCGUACAUCGCGCAACGGUGUGGGGGUUUUUUACGUCGAAUAUCGCUGCGGGGAUGCCAAAAUGUUCCUGAUCAAGCACUCUCCGUGUUCGCUCAAUAUUGUCACAACAUCGAGCAGGUGAUGCUGACCAACUGUCACAAGCUGAGUGACGAUUCAGUGGUGUCAUUAUCUAUGGCGUGUCGAUUUGUCCAUUCUUUACACGUGGACUCAUGCGUCGAGCUCACCGAUCGGUCACUUCGAUUUUUCAACCGGCUUCGUGUGAUUGACAUCUCAUGGUGCCGUAAGAUCACGGGACAAGGCAUCGGAACCAUCGCUGGAGAUCAACUGCUGCGAUUCACAGCAAAAGGUUGUACCGGUCUAGACAACGAGGCCAUUAUCAAGCUUGCAACGCGAUCACCCAAACUUCAGGUGCUCAACCUGCAAUGCUGUUCAUUCUUGACAGACUCAGCAGUGAUAGCAGUCGCUCAGAAUUGUCCCGAUUUGCGCCACUUAUGCGUAUCCGGCUGUAGCCUGUUAACCGACGCUUCCCCGCAGGCUCUUGCAGGAGGUUGUGUACGUUUGCACACCCUCGAAAUGGCCAACUGCCAACGUUGCGGUGAUGCUGGACUGGCGCCACUGCUCAAAGCAUGCCAUGAUUUACGGCGGUUGGACCUUGAAGAGUGCAAUCUAAUUACGGACUCAACCCUCAACCACGUUGCUGCAUUCUGUCCGCUAAUGGAACAAUUAACGUUGUCUCACUGUGACCAAAUUACAGACCAAGGCGUACACAAGUUAGCAGUGCAACUCCGACGCCUUGUCUGCAUCGAGAUCGACAAUUGUCCCUUCAUAUCAGAUACAUCGCUUGAGUAUCUGGCGGACCACUUCCCCACGUUACGGCGCGUCGAACUGUAUGACUGUCAGCUAAUCACUCAGGAUGCCAUCGGAAAAUUCCAGCAGCGGCGGCCGGAGGUUCGGCUGCACACGUACUUCGCGCCCGCUACGCCCCAGCAAACGGAUCCGCCCGGAGCAGGCAGGCAGAGGUACUGCAGAUGCUGCGUCAUCGUAUAGCAGAUUCCAGAACAGAAUGUUAGUAGCAGCCCUAUAAAACGAUGAAGGGAUGCCAGAACGAGAGGCAAGGAGAGACAAACAAACAAAAAAGAUAGACAAACAGACUAAUAUGGAUGAAUGGAACAUCAAAUCGAUAUACACAUAUGAAAGGGAAUAGGAGAGGUGGAAGGGACAGAGAAUAAUCACUUGGUUAAAUGCAAAUAAUAAACUAAGUGCUACAAAAUAUUAAAACAAUGAUUCAUACAAAUCCAAGUACCAUUAAGGAUAAAUCAACUAACUGAUGCUAAACCAGCCUAUCUGUUAACCGAUUUAUUCCGCUAAUCCAACAGCCACCGCAACCUGCUAUAAUAUUAAUCAGAAUUAUAAUAGUACUGUCUCCUCUGCGUGUCCUAGACCAACACUGGACCGUUAAUCAAAAGGUCAGUGCUUAAUUUUGGGUUGUAAGUAUACCACCGAAUCGUUCUGCAGCUGCAAGUUGCAACCCUGUCCAGCAAAUUAAUUAACUGAACCCGAUUAAAUAGCGCAAAAACAUAAUAACAUAAUAUAGCGACUUAUCAUGGGACAAUGCAUUGCGGAUUCUGUUUAAUCGUUGAAGUAUCAAUUAUGUAAGCUUACAAAAAACAGAAAGGAAAAGACAAAACGAUCGAAAAUAAAAGAAACAGUUGAUUCCGACUGUGACGUGAGUAAGGGAAUACUAAAUAUCUAAAUACAUGCGAUAGAUUCAUACAGAAUUUUCCGCAAGACUAUUUGGAUACACAAUGCUAUUAUUUCUAUUAUUAUUGUUAUUAUUUGAUAGUGAUACUGCAACAAUGAUGAUUACCAUUAGGGAUACCGCCAUGUCUGAUUUGUACAUAUAUACUUAACAAUAAUAUCGUAUGCGAUGGUUUAUAAGAAAACUACGGAAGGAGGAGCAGGUCGAAAAGUAAAAAUGCGGAUGUUUAUUGACGAGUGCUACUAAUACCGGUCGUUUAGGAACAACUUGUCACUGAUUCAGAUUCAGGCACGAGGUACUUGAUGAAAUAUGGCUCGCAUGGUAACCAGAAGCGGAAGAACGUCGAGGGGAUCUCAUAGAUUUCUGUGGUAUGCCGAUAUCACUUUGAUAGCUAGAGGGCUAUGGCUAAUUGCAAUGAGCGCUGGGAGAAACUCUUCUGUGAUGGGGGAGAAAUUUAUCUAUCUACCUAUGUAAUUAAUGGCAGCAGUGUACGCGCGUGGAGCUUCGGCGCCGUGUCCUAUCAUUAUUGUUCUGUUAUGACACCUGUUUCUUGUUAGCAGACAAUAAAACAGUGAAGAUGAUAAUGACCAAUUACGAUGAUAAUGAUGAUGACGAUGGCAACAAACUAUGAUGAUGCACGUGGAUUGUUACUGUUAACGAUUGAUAAUGAGGAUGGCGUUUAUGAUGAUGUACAUUGAGCAAUGGAGUAAAAAGCAACAAAGAGGGUGCACAAAAAUGGAGAAAGCAUUAAACGAAGUGGAACAGGCGAAAAAAGGAGAAUGAAGACAACAGCUUGGAGUGAGAUUAGGAAGCAGAGUCAUAAGACUCUGCUUACGCGAUUCGUUUUUUAUGGUUAAAAUGCAGAACGUAGAUACUGUUAGAAAUAAUGAAAACAUCAGAUGUUAAAUGAGUAAAAAUAUCGACCGAGACUUUGCUGAAGGAUUUUGGUGUUGCGAUACGACACCGAUUUUUAUUAGAUAUAAGAAUCUAAUAUUACCGUUACUUACUACAGACACGAUUAUAUCUUAAUUGUAAAAAUUAUAAUUAUCUCUUAGAUUGGAAAAAUAUAACCAAUACCAUUAUUAUAAGUAUUGAUGAAUUAUAUCACAUUAUGUAUAUCCUGAAAGGUAAUGGUUGCGUGCUAUGACAACGUUGUUAUAUAAAAAUUUAAUAUUAUUAAUAUUACAUAUGCUCACUUAAAAUCUAUAUAUAUAUAUAUAUAUAUUGUACACUGAUCUAACUAUAUUAAAAUGUGGGUGUUGCAAUGGGAUUUUCUUGGUUAUUUAAAAAUAUAUUGAUAUUUGCGAUAACGCGCUUUUAUGUAAGUAAUUUCUUAAAACACUUAUUGUAAAGUGUUGUGCUAUUUACGUUUUGUUGUUUUCACUUUCUUGGGUGCAUGUUUACAACUAAAGACGCUCUUUUUAGACUUUCAUAAUUCUACACGCUCAGAUGUGCCGUAGCAAACAAGUAGUUUAGUUUCGAAGGAAACUGGCAUACAUCUAAGGUAGAUAAAAUAAAUACAAAAGUAAGGAUAAUAAUUUGGACGUAGAGUUUCUCCAAAAAGGCGUGUCUGUGGGUAUCAUGGAGGGAGAAGGGUAUGCUGGGUUAGUAUUUCGAUAUCAGCUAGUUCCGUUUGUUUGAAAGAAUGAAACCUUUCACACAUGUAUGAAUUCUGUAUUACACUGAGUAGAAAUCUGUAAAUGAAUCUCAGUUCAAGUUUAGACUCAACAGAACUUCUUCGCAAGCAAAUAUCAAACAAUUUUAUUUUAGUCAAGAAAAAAAAACUGAUUAAAGCAUUAGAAGUUGCAGUUUGAACUUCCAUUUGUUAUUUAACAAAUAUAACAUAUUCUCAUGGCGAAAUUAAUCACACAUUCUAGGGAAAUCAAUUAAAAAUAAAAUACACUGAAUGUCAGAAACAAGUGUCUUCGCAUGAAGGUAUUAUUACAGUUUUGUCCUUUUGACUCUUUUCAACUGCCGCUUUCCUAGAUACGAGGACAAAAUAACUGAAGCAUAAUUUGUGAGUUAGGAUAAAUUAUCAUCGCCCUUUCACCAUUAUUACAACAAACUAGUAUUUGCGAAUCCUCUUUAGUUUCUCUAAUGAUGAUAGACAUGUGUGCCUAAAGGCGUGACAGAGCGCUUCCUGUCUUAUAUUAUCUACUGAUACCACGCUAUAUAUGUAUCAAAUUAUGAUCGUGAGUAAUAUAGUGCAAAUGUUCACUGCUGCUGACAUCCAUAGUUGUUCCUGGUUUUCAAGGAACAAUGGAGAAACUUUGGAUGUCCUUAAUCCAAAAUAUAAUAUUCUGUUACCACAAGUUUCUCUGUUAAUAACAAUACAAAACGAGUUACAGUUUUCUUUGUGACAAGUAACUAUGUGCUAUCACUGAAAGCUCAAUAGAAAGAAAUGAUUUUAUAUUACUACUAUUACAUUUAAUGGCUUUCGAUGGUGCCUAAAUUUAACUCCGCAUGCAAAAUUAGAACAUAAUACUAGACAACAAGACAAAUAUAAUACUAUCUUCUCAGCCUUGCGAGUGAUCGGCAUUAAAAUAAGUGCUUUAACGACAUCCAAUGAGAAUUACAUAGUACAAGCUUUUCUUUAUGAAAAAUGUAACCCUCAGGGAAAAGUUCACUCUGUCGGUUACACAGUUGAACUCACUUGGUCAGUGGAUCACUGUGCUUACAGGAAAUGGUUUUUAAUACAAAGAAAAUAAUUAGUUUCUACAGAGAUGUAAUAGUAAGAACGAAUAUCUUUGAUAGAUGUCAUUCAAGUUCGAAUAUUUAAACAUGCGUCUGACUCGAAGUGGUGAAAUCUAUUUUAUUUCAUUCAAAGUUUAGUAUUUAGUUUAGUACGUAACGGGUGCCGGCCCAGAGAUCAAUUUGGACUCCAUCAAAGCCAUGAAAUUGCCACUGCAAACGUGUAACAAAUCGGUUUAAAAAACGGUGAGCACUUUUGUUCCUCUUUCUGAAUACGCAUAAUAUCAAAAUCGCGCUAAUGGUCUCAUACAGUAUGGAACACAUCUGGAAGAAUCUCAGUACAACUAAGUUAAGGACUAAGUGAAGCCUACUUUUCUCAAGAGGGCACUGGGCCUGCUUAUACUCUGCCAUUACCUUUAUGUUUCAGCGGGUACACUGCUAUUUGCUAAGGAUUUACAAUGCUAGUUUGGCUUAUCAAAAAACGCCGAUCUGCUUGGAGUCCAUGUGACAAAGGGCAUGAAAAAACCUGACAGGAAGCACCGACAUGUGAUAAUACGCUACAUAGUGCAUGGCUUUCACCAUUUUGUGAAUUAGUGAGCCGCACUAUGGGCUAUGUGAAGGCUGCACCUGUGUCCGAUACGAAGGUCUUUUGGCCGAUACCAUGUACGCUCAUAUUCAAAGACACUUUCUUGAAUAGUAACACUGAGAAGAACGCCGCAGUCGUAACGCUCUAUGCUAUGUAUAUUAGUAUUUCUAUUAUAUUUUAAAAAUGCGUUCAUAUUUCUGGACCUGACGAGGAUGGAAAUGAAUAAAUGUCAUGUAAUUUCAUUUGAACCGAUCUAUUUCGGAUGGAUUCAUAGAACCUAUGUAUUCAGAAGAUCAACGUUUUUAGAAUUAUUAUAAAAAGGUUUCUUUUGAUGCGAUAAGGGAACAUAAUCGAAUUUGCUCAUUCUAUAUAUAUAUAUAUACCAUCAGUGCUCAAUAAAAUAAUUUCGACUAUAAAAGUCAACUGUGCGACAUUCAAACGAGAUAUUUUCAAACAUUUUUGCGAAAGCGGUAUCAUUUAAUUUUACACCAACACUCUAAAUGUCGAAAAAAACGUCCGCAAACAAUCCCAAACUGCUGACAGACGAUAUGAUAUAUUUGCGAACGUCAGUAUUUUAUGACACCGCCUUUCGCAGCGACAACUGUCGCCGCUUUUUGGGGUGUGCUUUCGACGUAAUUUUUCGCUGUCUCACUUACGAGUGAAGUGAAACCUGCCGAAACAGCAGGCCACGGACCUGACCUGAACGUCAUCGGCAGCGAGCAGCCUAGAGAUACUUCGAACUCUAUGGCAACGCGUCCCAUCAUACAUGAAGACGUAGCAAUUAUCAAGAAACUAUUACCUGAGGCAAUAUUUUGAUUUCAAUAACCUUAGCAGGUGUAGUAUUAACCAUGCGAGUCUUUACCACAAAUCACAGACCAUUCCAUAAUUUUUGAUAAAUGUUUGAUUUUCGAUACAACGCACUUUUUGGGAAACCUUUCGUCAACACGUGUGAGAGUAUUACAAGCGUUUUGUCCGAGAACUUCGAAAUGAAAUUCGUCUGAAGCAGAAUUUUUACUAGUGACCAACGGAGAACUUCUGAAGUGGUUUGCGCAAUCAGGACAGGCUCGUUCCGUGUAAAUAUCUCUGUAAGAUUUUACUGCCCUUGAGCCCAGCUUGUUUGAGUCAGCGACGAGUCGGAAAUUUCGACAUAGCGGUCCUCUAGUCUUUUCUAGAGGACAGUAUACGAAACAGACCUAUAUUUCUGAAGUUCUUAACUAAUUAUACAGUUCUUCCACCGUUUUGGUAAAUUUUUUUUGUUCUUCUUCCCAAUUUUACGUAACGACAGCGGGAGGUUCUUCCUGAGUUUCUUAACAACGUUAGCGACUGCGUGGUAGGAAACCUGAGGCAACAGCAGAUUUACGUUGUGUGCAUUUGUGUUGACUAAUCUGCUAAGCAGUGCUUACAGAUUUUCUUCUGUUCUCAACAUCUUUUCCUCUUCCCAUAUCGGCACUUCGUGCACAGAAAUACGCAAGUUCACCAGCAAACACUCGGAUCAGUCAAGCUCACCUCAAAUCACCACUUAGUCGCUCAGCGCCGACCAUAGUCGUCUCAGAUAGUAAGAUAGAACAUAUUAGGUAUUCUAGAGAAACAAUAUAUUACCGACUGGAAAGAAUGAGAUGGUAGCUGGAAAUGUGAAUGUUGAAUUCACUGAAAUCCAACUACAGCAAGCUAUCUGGCUUGCUACCAGUAAAAUAGCAUUUGUAAAUUUACACAUCGUUUGUCAGCAGUUUAAAAAUGUUUCUUUCUACCAAUUUCUUUAUCGUCAUGCCCCAAGGGGUACCAAGCUAUUACCGUAAGUAUAGCAGUGCCGGUUCGAUGAGUCAAAAGCUGUUUGAAAGUACCUCACCUUACUGCUGCGCAAUUAAUCUUCAAAUUUGAAGGUGCCAAUAACAGCUUUCGUUUUAAAGUCGAUUUAAAGUCAUGGCACGUCUCCGCUUCUCAGAGCCUUUAGACUGCUUAGCUUAGAUUUUUUUAGAUGUAUUAAGAAAAUUAUGCCUUUUGUAGCCUAAAUGUUUUUUGUGCACAAUAAUGCGCCGAUGAACUUUCACCAGUUUUGACAGUAACAAGGAGGUUGGGCUAAAAUAGGUAGUUAAGAAAGUGAACAAGAUAAAAAGUUACUGUUGGCAUGUGCUAUUCGAAUUUAUCUGGGAUUUAUACACAUAAAGCACGUAAUUGUGAAAGCCGCUUCAACAAACGAUCGGAAGGAGC